AUGUCACGACUGAUCGUUAUUCUUGGUAUAACCGGUGUGCAAGGCAGCUCCGUCGCCGACGCCUACCUUCUAAAUGCCGGUUGGAAGAUUCGCGGCGUGACACGCAAUCCUGAGUCUGAUAGCGCAAAAGACUGGGUGUUAAAAGGUGUGGAAAUAGUCAAAGGUGACCUUGAUGACGUGGCGUCUUUGAAGCAAGCCUUUGUGGGCGCCGACAUUAUUUUCGGUGUCACCGACUUCUGGACAAUCUUCAAAGACCCAGAAAGCCAGAAAAAGAAGAAGCCCAGUCAAGAGCUGGUUGAAUACUGCCAUGACGUCGAGUUACAGCAAGGCAAAAAUAUUGCCGAUGCUGCGGCGACUGUCCCUUGCCUUUCCCGAUACAUCUUCAGCUCAAUGGCCAAUGCGAAGACAUCCAGUAACAACAAGUUUGCCCAAAUAUAUCACAUGGACUCCAAAGCAGAUGCUGCCGUUUAUGCGCAGAGCCUCCCAGCCCUCGCUGGAAAGUUUUCACAGGUCCAGGCGCCCAUAUAUUUCCAGCUCCCCUGGGAGUGGGGACUUCCUACAACCCCGAAGAAGACAGCCGACGGCACCUGGCGGAUGGCAGGCAUCGGCCCAGGUAACAAGGGCAUUCCAUUCGGACACGUCCGCAAGGAUCUGGGUCAAUGCGUCAAGACAAUUGCUGAAUCUGAGCCUGGUAUCAACUUGUUCGCUGUUGGAGAAUACUUGUCCUGGUCCGAUUACCUCCGAAUCUUUUGCGAAACGCAAGGUUUAGAAUACGGUGGCUAUGACGAGCUUUCCUACGACAAGUUCUGCGAGCUGCUUCCCGGUGGACUUGGUCAUGAAUUCGCUCACAAUGUACUGUUUGCAUUGGAGUUUGGGUACGAGGGUAUCGAUCCUGCAGUAGUACGGCCUGAAACGUUUGGUCUGAAGAUGACUUCGUUCCGUGAAUAUUGCCAGGAGACUGAUUUCUCAGCUCUGAAAGAUAACAAAUGA